AUGCACUACCCCAGCGCUGCCGCGGCCAUCCUCGCCGUCCUCGGCGGCGUAGCGCAGGCCGCACCCGCCGCCCGCACCUCCUCCUCGCUGUUGCGAUCCACGUCCUCGACGACGACCUCGCGGGGCGUCAGGCUCCGCGUCCAAGACGGCAGCUCCACAACAACACCACUAUAUCUCGGCUUCCAGCGCAUCGCGCAGGGCGUCAACAUUGCCAUCGCGCGGCCCAGCAGCACCAGCGGCGACACCAGCGCGGCGGCGGCGCCCGUGUUCUACCAGGACGGCGCAGACCCCGCCAGCUCCACGGUCAAGACCGACAUCCCCGGCGUCUACCCGCUGGGCAUCGCCGUCCAAGGGCCCGAUGAGUUUGACUCACAGUUCCCCGCGGAGCACAAUGUCGGUGUCAACGUCAACGGCGCCACCGAGGGCUUGUCCAUUACCGCUUCGGCGCUCAGCGGGCCCAGCGGUAGUGCUGCUGCUGCUGGGGGGUCGUACCUCGUCUGUGAGAGGAGGGUGUUUGUAGGCGGGCCUGUGCCUUCGACGCUGCAGGUCGUCCGGUUUCGGUACGAGGGCGAGGCGGUGCCGGCGGGCUGUGUCGAGGUCAAGCUGGUUCCGGAGUGUGCCGUGCUUGCGGCGCUGCCGGAAGGGAGCAGCUGGGACCACGACGAGGCCGUCGAGUUGCAGUGUGCUUAA